UUUUAAUUUUCAUAGACGACAUAAAUCAACGAAGCGAAGGCUAGAAUAGACUAAUUAGUAAAUGGAGGAGGCAGAGGAAGCGGCGGCGGCGGCGGCGGCGGCGUUUGUGAGGAGAGAGGUGGAGGACUGGGACGAGGAGGUGAAGAGUCGAGCGCGAUUCAAAGCGCUGAGCGGGCAGAGGUCGGAUUGGGAGGCGCGCUACUGUUUUUGGAGGGAUUUAAUCGUGAAGACAGCUCGACACCUCCGCGUCUUAGUCAUCCGCCCUUCCCGCCUCACCCGCCUCUGGUUCCGCCGCCGCCCCGACGGCCUCUCCCCUUUGUGCCUUGAUCAAGUGCUCCUUGAAAUGCACCGCGCCGGAGACUUGCUGCUUCCUCGCGCUUCUUCCUCCUCUUCUCGCCUCCCUCACAUUUUCCGCAGGGCGCUCGAUUUUCUCCCCCUCGGCGAUCGCCGCCCUCUCGCUCUCACCGCCGACUGCUACAUUCUCGCACCGCUCUUGGAGGAACGAUCUGUAGAAGUAAUUACCAAAUUGUCGGAAAAUUGUUGGACUAGUACCUGUGUUGUCACCAUGGACAAGUUUGGGGAAGUUUGUGCGGGCUCUGAGGAGGAACGACUUGCCAUUUUGGAUUACUUGGAAACACGCGGAAGAGCUACACGCCUUGUCAUCAACAGACCUCAUCCUAUAGAGGGUGUUAAAUUGUGUAUUUCUCCUGCGGCAGCUUCUGCUGCCUCAACUACGGAUUACAGUUUACUGCACUUAACUUGGACUGCUGAGAAGCUGGGGAAGCAGCUUCAUUUGAUUGACCAACGAUAUCAAAAAAGUAGGGAGUCUGCUAUAGCAUCUCUUAGAGAAGCAAACAAGAAACUUGCCCUGAGACAUACAAAAGAACUGAAGCUGGCAUCUCAAAGUAGAGAGAGGUGCUCGGCACUAUUGGACCAGGUGGAGAAAGUUCUCCAGGCUAUCACGGAUGCUGAGUCCUCCAAAAAGGUGGCGGAAGCCUUGCAGAGCAGCAAACGUGCUAUGCAGGAAAACCAAGUUAACAUUGAAGAAGUUGAACAGUGCCUGCUGGAACUUGAUGAGAACAUUGAUGCACUGAAACGACUUGAUAACGCUCUAGAAGCAACUACAACAUAUGGUGAGAUAGAUGAUGAAGAUAUCGAAGAAGAAUUUAAGACGCUGCAGCUGGAGCUAAACAGCACAAAGACAGUUGCAGCAAAGGCUGAGAUAUCAGAAGAAACUGAAACAGAUGCUUUGAGCAAUGUGUUGUCGAAUCUUCGUCUCAAGAGUGAGGAAGCCAAGAAGGUGGAGGCAGAAUGUUGCACAGAUGAAAAUAUGUCAAAUGAUGGAGGCCUUGAAGCGGCUUGAAUUUAUGUAAACAGAUAGGAUAGGUAAUCCAAGUGUUGGAUUUUAUGUAAAUGGGUUGAUAAUAUAUGUAUGAAAUGCGAAUGAGUUCAAUAGUCUUGUAAAAACAUACAUUUUUAGGAAACAGAGGGAGUAUUAGUAAAACCA